AUGGAGCAAUCAGUUGUUGAUGACAUAAUCAGUCGACUGUUAGAAGUUCGAAACCGUCCGGGGAAGCAAGUUCAAUUAUCGGAGGCCGAGAUCCGUCAACUCUGCGUUGUUUCUAGAGACAUUUUCAUUCAACAACCUUAUUUAUUAGAACUCGAAGCACCUAUCAAAAUUUGUGGUGAUGUACAUGGUCAAUAUUCUGAUCUCUUAAGGCUUUUUGAGUAUGGUGGAUUGCCUCCCGAGGCUAACUACUUGUUUUUGGGGGAUUAUGUGGAUCGGGGAAAGCAGAGUUUAGAAACAAUUUGCCUUCUCCUUGCUUAUAAGAUUAAAUAUCCUGAGAACUUUUUCCUAUUGAGAGGAAAUCAUGAAUGUGCUUCUAUAAACCGGAUUUAUGGAUUUUAUGAUGAGUGCAAGAGAAGGUUUAAUGUAAGAUUAUGGAAGACAUUUACAGACUGCUUCAAUUGCCUUCCUGUGGCAGCUCUUAUUGAUGAAAAGAUUUUGUGUAUGCAUGGGGGGAUUUCUCCUGACUUGCAUAGUUUGGAUCAGAUUAGAAAUCUACAACGGCCCACUGAUGUUCCUGAUACAGGUUUGCUUUGUGAUCUUCUUUGGUCUGACCCAAACAAAGAUGUUCAAGGAUGGGAAAUGAAUGACAGGGGAGUUUCAUAUACAUUUGGUGCUGAUAAGAUCACAGAGUUUCUUCAGAAACAAGAUCUUGACCUAAUUUGCCGUGCUCAUCAGGUUGUGGAGGAUGGAUAUGAGUUCUUUGCUAAUAGACAACUCGUAACAAUAUUUUCAGCACCUAAUUAUUGUGGAGAGUUUGACAAUGCCGGUGCUAUGAUGAGUGUUGAUGAGACACUAAUGUGCUCUUUCCAAAUAUUAAAGCCAGCUGAUAAAAAAACAAAGAUCAAUUUUGGAAGUACAACCACUGCUAAGCCUGGAAACUCUCCUGCAAGUGUAAAGUCUUUCCUUGGUGCAAAAGUAUGA